AUGGUUGUCUGCCCAGAAGGCGGCGUGCACAUUGACCUGGACAAGGACACGAGCUUUCUAGCUAUCUGCGGAAUGGCCUUCGUCAGCCGAGAAGUCCACCGAACUUGGACGACAAUCUUCUUCCGCACCAAUAUUUUCCACCUCCAGCUCGCGGCAACCGACACACGUUCCUCCUUCUCCGAGUUCCGAGCCAUUUCCCGCUUGCUGAGGCCUCGCAAUAGGUGGAGGAAUGGAGAGCCGUUCCCGGGCUUCCUCCACAUCACGCUCACCUUCAACCUCAAAGAGCCGGCUUCCCUCGACGACAUCCGCGUCCCCAUCGUACCAUUGCUACUCGCCGUGCCCGUAGGAUACAGUGCCGACCGGCUCCGUUUCGUACUAGCGGACGCAGCCCCGGACCGGAACGAGGAUACUACAAGCACCAUCGCUUUAUGCGACCUCCAUCUGAAAGUCUGCGAUGCACUUGCAGAGUGCCGGUCGCAGGAUGUGCGCUGCAGGAAAUCCAUUUGUCCUCAGAUCUGGAUCGACGGACGAGGCCAAAUUGUCGAAUGCGUUAUGCGUGGUGAGCAGAGCGAGGAUGACCCCGUCGCAGGAGCCGCUGGCUCUUCGCGUGCACCGGCGUAUCCGUGGAAUAGGUCGCUUGAGAGUGUGUUCCGAUACUUGGCUUGGCAGGCUGGCGGGCCCUUUCCACCUAACUAG